AUGGGGGCGGUGGUGACGGCGGUGAUCGCGAUCGUGGCGGUGGUGCUCGGCUGGAUCACCAUCGAGAUGGCCUGCAAGCCCUGCCUCGAGACCGGCCGCCGCGCCAUGGACCGCGCGCUCGACCCCAACUACGACCCCGACUCCCCCACCAACGCCAACGCCACCACCGGCGGCGCCGCCCUCCACCGAGCCGCUCCUCGCCGACCUCUCAGCCUCCACCGCGCCACCCGCCAAGGCCAUCUGAAUCUCAUCUCCCAGAGGCGAUGCAGUAGUAGGCUUGCUUCCCCUUCUCCCCUCGCAUUGUAA